AUGGCACCCGCAGCAUCGAUACCACAGGCGGGAUCGUCUGAUCCACCCCAACCGGUGAUCCUCCAAUCAUCAGAUCUGAUUGCAUCUCUUCCUGCUCCCUUUCUUCGUCUGCUCGUCCUAUUCGCUCGACCGAUAUCCUUCUUUAGAUCAUUGCUGGAAGUACUUCUAUGGAGGAGCGGGAGGAGAGUACAGAGCUGGAUGGUAGUGGGUGCUUGGUGGGCAUUAUGUCUUGGAUCAAGCCAUGCGUUUAGGUAUCUCCUCCCGGUAUUAUUAUUCAUACCUUUCAUACCUCUAUCCUCUCUCCGACUGAAAUCGCCUUCCAAACAAGGAGUAAAGAACACUUCAGUCGAACCUUCAACCUCUGAAACCCUUCUUACAACAUUAUCAGAUAUCAAUGCUAUAUACGCACUCCUCCCUCCAUCUCCCUUGCCUCAAGCUACCGCAGCAUAUGAUCGCUUCCGUCAACUGGGUCCUAUACGCUUAUUCCGCGGUCUGUUAGUUAUCUGGAUAACGUGGAUCAUCUUAGGUCAAAUAAUAGGAUUUUCUACAUUGUUAGGUAUAAUAGGAUCGAUAUUCUUGUUAUUACCCUCACCACCUUUAUCUCAUCUUAUCAACUUACUUUCGAAAUCACUAUUCGUUCGAAGAUCCCUAGCAUUGGCAUUUCUAUUUACUUUUGGGUCACCGCCCGAAUCGUCUUAUCGAUUCUCCCUAUCGCAUUUCUCACCUUUAGGAUGGUUCAAAUCCAAAUGGACAACAUCUAGAAGACCUUCUUUGGCUUUCUCUUUCAGACCUAAGAUGUCAACAUCAAAGAUCCCACCGGGAUCAGCUAUAGAUGAUUCUCCUGAAAUUGAAGGCGAUGAUAAGGAGAAGAAAGUCGAACAGCCUAUAUACUUCAGAUUUGAAUUACAUGAGAAUCAAAGAUGGUGGAUGGGAUUAGAUUGGACUUCGGCAUUGUUACCUCAAGAAAGACCUUCAUGGUGCGAUAAUCACUUACAACCCGUUUCGCCCCCUCAAUCAUUCACCCUACCACCUCCCUCUUCUAUCGUCAUUCCUAACCCUACGGAGGGUGAUCCGAAAGGGAAAGUGUUAAGAACAUCAAGUUGGAAAUGGUUAGAUGAUGAUUGGACGAUAGUGAAACAAGGUCCAGGUAUAUCUUCGACUCUGAAUAGCGCACCUUCACCUACUAUCCCACAACAUGACGAUCAUGGAUUUAGUGUCCCUUCCCAAGGUCAAAAUCAAGACGGUAAAUCAUCAAGCGGAAGUAGACCUACAUCUUUUGUAUCUACCUCACCACCUAAACCGGGAUUAGAGGAAACACUAUCACCAGGGGCGAGAGCACAAUCUAUCGCCGAACAAGCGUUUACGAAAGGUCUCGAAAGACUCAAAGCUCGUACGGCAUCUGUGGCUUUAUCUUCUGGUACCACUGCAGCACUCGCGCAAAGUACCAGCGCAAAUCCCAGCUCACCGAGAAAAACUUCCGAUACCUCCAAUCUCAACUUCAGACAGAGAACAAUGUCUCAGACGAGUGAUGAUUCGCAUCAUACGGAUAUUGAUCCACAUGGAAAUGUCAAUCUCCAGAUGUCCCUACCUGGUGAGGUGAUUGUGGAGAAAGACGAUGCAACGGAUAAUGAUGGGUGGGUGUAUGGGGAUAACAAAUGGGAGAAUAUGGGUCCGAAAGGGGGUUUAGGCAAGUUUACGAGAAGACGACGAUGGACACGUCGAGCGAUAUUGAUCGAAACGGUCAUCAAACUGAAGUCUACUGACGAGGACGAACCGACCAUAAUCGUACCUCCCUCUGGGACAAAUACGCCCAUGGCUGGAGAACCAACAGGAACAGCGACAGUUACGACGACACCUAUGAAAUCUAAGCCUGCACCAGCAGUAGCGGUGAUACCUGCUAAAUCGAAUGAAGCUGGUAAUUCAGUCGGUAUGAAUAGAGUAGGCUCAAAAGAUUCGAAGAAGAGCGAUAAGAAUACUACAGGUACACAAGAGGUGCCUGCCGCUGUGACUGCCACUGGGAUCACGAGUGGGACGGCAAGUAGGGAUGAUGUAUUGAGAUCCAGGUUGAAGAAAGCUAUGGGAUCGGUUGGGGCUUAG